AUCUAGGAGUCCUAGUAGACCACAAGUUGAAAAUGAGUCAUCUGUGUGAUGCUGCAGCCAAAAAAAAAAAAAAAAGCCAAGACAAUUCUAGGCUGUAUCAAUAGAAGUACAGUAUAAUGUCUAGAUUGUGGUAAGCAACAGUGCCAUUCUAUCCUGCUUUGGUCUGGCCUCACCUGUAAUACUGUGUCUGGUUCUGGGCACCACAGUUCAAAAAGGAUGGUGGCAAGCUGGAAUUUAUCCAGAGGAAAUGGUGAAAGGUUAGAAACCAUGCCUUACGAGGAGUGAUUUAGGAAGCUGGAGCUUCAUUUGAUCUAUAAAAGACACAAGAAAAAGUCCAACUGCUCAAAGUCAUUGAGGGAAGGAAGAUACUGGGAGCAAAAGCAAAUCCUCUGAGGUGGCUUUCCUGUUUUAGACACACGAAGAACUUAAAAGGACAGUGGCUUGGGAUGACUGUUUACAGGGUGCCAGCUAGUCUUCUUCACCAGAUUGAGCAGGAACUGGAUGCAGAGGAAAAGGAAGCCAUGGUUUUCUUAUGCCGAGAUCUUGUCCCUGACUUGCCUGGGACAGAUGUCAGGAACUUGUUGGUGGCUCUGAAUGAGAGGGAGAUGCUGACUCAUUUCACCUUGGCUGAACUGCUAUACAGACUGAAGAGGUUUGACUUGCUAAAGAAGAUGCUGGCAACUGGGAGAGCAGCUGUGGAAGCCAAUCUGGACAGACAUCCUCCGAUGGUGUCAAAGUACAGGGUGCUGAUGACUGAAAUCAGUGAAGAUCUGGAUAAAGAUGACUUGCGUUCUCUUGUAUUUCUUCUCAUGAAUGAUCUUGGUGCAUCUCAUGUGAAGAAGACAAAAGAAAAGAGUUUCUUGACUAUUAUAAAUGAACUUGAGAAGCUAGAUCUGGUGUCACCAAAUCAACUGGAUUUGAUAGAAAAUUGCUUCUUGCACAUUCACAGGAAAGAUUUGGCAAAAAAGAUCCAGAAGUACAAAUGGGAAGCUCUGGUGCAUCCAGUUGACAUUCCAUCUGUCUAUGCAAACACCCUGCAGGCAUCAUUUCCUAAACUGUCUCUUGCUGACCCUCCAGUGAUCAUGAAUAAAGGAAUGUUGCUAAAUAGAGCAUGUGCUGUUAAAGCUGAACCUGUUCACAUAUCAAUACCAGAAACAGGAGGAGCCGCAGUGCAGGUGAUUAGCAAGUACAGGAUGCAGAGUCAGCCCUUAGGAGUGUGCCUGAUUAUAGACUGUAUUGGCAAUGAUGCAGGAAUGCUGGCAGACACCUUCAGGGCACUGCAUUUUGAGGUUCGUUGUCACCUGUUCCUGAAUGUGGGUUCCAUGAUGCGUGAGUUGAAUGAUGUAGCAAGACUAAGAGAACACAAAGUAUAUGACUGCUUUGUUUGUAUCCUGGUCAGCCGAGGGAACCAUCAGCACAUCUUCUGCACAGAUCAUGUUGUUCCUGGAUUCUCACUGGAGAGGGUGAAGCAUUAUUUUGUUGGCGACAGAUGUCCUGACCUCUUGGGAAAGCCAAAACUCUUUUUCAUUCAGAACUAUGUUGAAGCCAGUAAUUGGCAACAUAAUACCAGUCUGGUUGAAGCAGAUGGAGAUUUGUGUACUAUUCCACAAGUAGCAGACGUCCUCUGGAGCCAGAGUACACUGGAUGCAUCAGCCUUAGAGAGAUCACCAAACUCCUCUUCUUACUAUCUGACAGCUCUAGCAGAGCUUUUGAUUGAUCCACGCAAGAGGAACCUGCCUCUGCUGGAUAUUCUUGUGGAACUGAGCAACAGAGUUUAUGAAAGGAACAGGACUAACCCUGCAGAGCAGUAUUCACUUGUGUUGAAGCACACCCUCAGGAAAAAGCUUUUUCUUUCUGACAGCUAAACAUACAAACCUAACCUGAGAUGAGUGUGACCUGAAGAGGAGUGUUCUGGAAAGUUACCCAGUGUCUUUCUUUUGAGGAACCAAGUGCUGUGGUAUUAAGAAGCAUGUUGUACGUUUAAAGCUGCUGUGGGACACAACUGAUAAAUAUCUGGCACAUUACUUAUGCUACUGUAGCAGGUUCUAGAUGUCAUUGAUAAUGUGCCUUUCUUUUAAGUUGCCUCUGAUGAGCAUUUGUUGGGUUUCCUUCAGAGAAAUAUAUUUCUUUCUUAUCCUCCCGAGUGGGUGUCAGAUCAAGAGAAGACACUUUUGAGGCCCUACACAGAUCAGUUCUGCAGACAGAUAGAGGCCUUGGCUGCCAUCAGCCCCCUAGUACGUAAAGCGAUAAAGACUUGACUUUGUUAGAUAAAGGGCUCUCUGGUAGAAAUGCCAUUAAGGAAAAGACAUAGCAAAAGAGGUACAUCUCUGAGCCUGAGCAACAGACACUUGCUUUUGAAAUCUUGCUGUUCACAGGCUUUGAAGGUCUAAAUGCCAGCCUUUCUUAAAAUGCUGCCAUCCAGAUGUCCUGGACUACCAUAAUCCAAAUAGCCAUAGUGGCUGGGAUGUUGCAGUCUAGUACUUCUGAAGGGCACCCGCUUGGGAGAAGGUUGGUCUGGGUUAUAAAAUAUACUAGUUGGAAUCUCCUGUACAUUGUGCCUAGCCUGGUUGUUGAGAUUCAGUGUCUUUCUUGGACAUAAUCUUGGAAUUGCAUCCUGUACCACCAUUAGGCCUUUUCCAAUAUUUACUGAGAGUAUGUCACAGAAUAAUUGUUUCAGUGGGUAGCUCUUCCUCUUUAGUCCCUGGCCACCAAUUAUUUUAGUGUGGAAUUGCACAGAUGGCUGAUACACUCCUUCCCACAUCCUUUAUAUUCAGAACUUAGUUUUCUACUAAGCAUAGGCAGCUGAGAGGCCUCACAUAGCAUAGGCAUAGCACUAAGACAUUGCUAUUCUAGCAGAAUCUUUGCUGUUAUGUGUUCAUGACAAACUAAAUUAGUUUACUUGGGGAAGCAGGCAUGUGGCAAGGAAUAUGGAAGAAGUUUUGGGUGAGAUGGAAGUACUGAUAUUGUGGUAAAUUGCAGAGUAUAACAAAUAAGACAUGGUAUGGGAUUGAAAUCAUCUGUUUUUCUGCUGGCAAUUGUUGAACAGGCAAUAAUUCAGAAAUGUUAAGUAUAAUUGUUAUCAGUAAUAUUUAUUUAUACUUCUCAUUUGUCUAAUCAAUAUUCUAUGUUUCACUUGUAGGUGUAACUUGUUAUGUUAUUUUCUUAAAGCAGAUUUUCUGUCAUUUUUUUGUUGUGUUUUCCUUCCAACUCUCACAAAACACUUUAGUCUUUUUAUAAAUGUACAUAUUUCUGGAAAUAUUGUCAUGAAGAAUUGUUCCUUAUCUUAAAUUAGAUCUCAGGAAGUUCAUUUCUGCUAAAAUAGAUGUUUGAAUAUUAAUUCAUGGAUCAGAAGAGCUGUAUACAUCACCCUGAUCCCUUUUUUUUUACAGCUCCUCAAGAUUCCAUACCCUUGCCAUUCCCCAGAAUAUUUGUGGGCAGAAAUCUCCUCAAAUAGGUCACUGGCCACUCCUGGUGUGGUGGAUAUUUUAAUACCGUAACCAUUCAAAAAACAGAAACAGGAAGUGACUUCUGGUCACUCCCAGGUUGGGGUUUGGGGAGCUCUGUGAUCUGUGGGUGGGAUGUGGGGACAAAAUGUGGACCUUGUUUUAGCCAUCGUUGCCUUGCUUAAAAAAAAAAUACACCCCACUUUUUUGCUGUACUUGCCAAGUUACUUUUGGGGAUUGCAGCUUUUUUGUCCAUGUUGGCUUGGAGUUGUAGUCGAAGAAGAUGACUUUCCAGAUUCCGAGUUUUCUGUUAAGGUGUAGUGACCAAAGCAGUUUCUGUUAUAGUAGGUUUCCAAACUAAUUCCAUUAUUAUUCAGUUAUGUAACCCUCCCCCCAUUUCUAUUUUUCUCUUUCUAAAGGAAUACAAAAAUUAAAUUUAAUUAUGUUUUUUUAAAUAAGUAGUGAAGUAGCUGUGAUGUUGUAAUAACUGAAAAAAAAUUAAAUAGAUCACAUAAUAUUAGUUUCAAAAGGCUUCAAAACUAUACACUGGUUGCAUUCAUAUACAGCUGGAUUCCUGAAGAAUCCUGUUUUGCCUUGAAUUAUUUGUUUGUGUAUGCACAAAGUCUGUUAGCAUUCACUUAUCCAGUCCAGCUAUCUGUUUUUAAAGGAGUCUUGCACUGUGAAGUUGAAGGCUUUCAUGGCUGGUAUCGAUGUUUUUUGUGGGGUUUUUGGGCUGUGUGGCCAUGUUCUAGAAAGUUUUCUUCCUGAUGUUUCGCCAGCAUCUGUGGCAUCUUCAGAUGCCAGCCACAGAUGCUGGUGAAACAUCAGGAAGAAAACUUUCUAGAACAUGGCCACACAGCCCAAAAAACCCACCAAAAAACACGGGUCUUACACUUUUUAUUCUAUAUGAUUAAUAAAACACAGAAAACUCAAGGCAUUUUUAUUGCAUAACCUUAUGAAGAAUUUGGUUUCUUUUUUGAGUGCACUGAUUUCAGUGGAUUUGGGUGCACCAAACUAUAUAAGCAGUGGUAUUUACAAGUUAGCUCCAGAGCUUGUAGUGGCAUUUUUAAUUGACACAGCUCCCAGAAUUCAUCAGCCAGCCUGACUGGACAUGAUGCUGGGAACUGUAAUCCAAAUAAUUUACAAGCUUUGACUAACCUUGGUACAUGAAGGAAGCCACCUUACACUGAGCAAGAUCACUGCUCCAUCUUCCCCAGUGUUUGUUCACAUAGCAGCAGCUCUUCAGAUUCUUCCCUAUAUAGCAAGCACUAAGGCUGCAAACAUGUGUUUUAAUUAGAGAUGUGCUCAUGUCCUUUGGUGUGGUUGUAGAAAUACCUAGCAUGUUGAGUUGUGCUGUGUGGUUUUUAAAAGUCUGUCCUUAGUAGUUAACCAAAUUGAGAAGAUAACAAAGGUGAAAUGAAAGUGUGCUCAGCCAAAGUGAUAAGUAUCUUAUUCCAUUCUACCUGCACAAUAUCCUUUGCUGAAGUUUUUAUAUUUUGAAUAUAUAUUUCCAGACUUUAUUAUUAUAUUAUUAAAACUGUCUAUUAAUAUUACCCAGUCUUCAUAUCUGUUUUAAGGGACUUAUGUUUAAAUAAUAUAUUGCUAUUUUAUUGUACUUUUAAAAUACCAGAACUUUUUCUUUCUGAUUUUGGUUAUAAUAUAGUACUUUGAAAUACA